AUGCAACCAGUGCUCAGGGUCUCGCGGGCGCUGUCCGCCCGAGUCUCUUGUCGGCCCCGGAUCUCGCCUCGCCAGGCUAUUCUAGCUCGUGGUGCUCGAUUGAAUAGUUCGAAUGCAAAGUCAGAGAAAUCAAAAGAGCAGAGUAGCUCCUCAGCCUCAGGGUCUUCAACAGCUUCAUCUUCGCCAUUCUGGACGCCGACGAAGGCGCUCCUCGUCUCUGCAUGUGCUGCGGGGUUGGGGUACGGGUAUGCUUCAUACGGCAAGGAAUCAGCACAUGCAUCCAAGAAGCCGCAAUAUGGCUCAGCUAAGGAUUUCACAAAGGCCAUCAGCGAACUAAGAGCCAAAUUAGGCGAUGACGCAGUCAGCACCGAAGAAGACGAACUCCAACAUCACGGAUACUCAGAAUGGUCUAGUCUCAACGCAGAGCGUUUACCCGUCGCCAUUGCCUACCCCACGACCACUGAAGAUGUAUCCGAGAUCGCUAAGAUCUGCAACAAGUACCGGAUGCCCAUGAUCCCCUACUCAGGCGGAUCAAGUCUAGAAGCCAAUUUCUCCGCACCGCAUGGUGGUCUGACCAUCGACUUCGCCUUCAUGAAUAAAGUCCUGGAUAUCCAUCCGGAUGACAUGGACGUCGUGGUGCAGCCAUCGAUCCAGUGGAUGGACUUGAAUGAACAGAUCAAGGAGACGGGCAUGUUUUUCCCUGUUGACCCCGGUCCUUCUGCUAUGAUUGGCGGUAUGGUUGGUACAAAUUGUAGUGGUACCAAUGCCGUUCGGUAUGGUACUAUGAAGGACUGGGUGAUCAACCUCACUGUCGUAUUGGCCGAUGGACGCAUUAUCAAGACACGCAAACGCCCCCGCAAGACCUCUGCUGGGUAUAACCUCACUGGGUUGUUUGUUGGCUCUGAGGGUACCCUGGGAAUUGUGACUGAGGCUACUUUGAAGCUCGCCCCGAUUCCUGAACAGACUCGUGUUGGUGUGGUUGCGUUCCCAACUAUUCGAGAUGCUGCUUCGACUGCUAUUCAGUUGAUCCGAAAGGGUGUUUCCGUGCAGUGUAUGGAGAUCAUGGAUGAUGUUCAGAUGGACGUUAUCAAUCGUGCUGGUGGAACUGGUCGCUCAUGGAAGGUUUCGCCAACAUUAUUCUUCAAGUUCUCUGGAACUACUGCGGGUGUGCAGGAUAGUAUUAACCUGACAACAAAGCUUGCGAAGAACAAUAAUGCUGAGUCGUUUGAAUUUGCCCGCGAUGACCGCGAGGCUCAUGAUUUGUGGUCGGCACGGAAGCAGUCUCUGUGGAGUAUGAUGGCACUGCGGAAAGAGGGAUCAGAAGUGUGGUCAACAGACGUGGCGGUUCCCAUUUCCAGACUACCUGAUAUCAUCGAAAUCUCCAAGAAAGAACUUGUCGACCUGGGUCUUUUCGCCAGUAUCCUCGGACACAUUGGUGACGGAAACUUCCACGCGAGCAUCAUGUACAAUCGAAAUGACCCUGCUGAGAGAGAGCGAGUCGAGAAGGUAGUAUACGAUAUGGUUGACCGUGGGCUAGACAUGGAGGGCUCUUGCACAGGUGAACACGGUAUUGGACUGGGCAAGAAGGGAUCAUUGAAGAAGGAACUCGGGUUGGAGACGAUCAAUGUCAUGCGCAAUGUCAAGCGGUCAUUGGAUCCACAUUGGCUCUUGAACCCGGGCAAGAUCUUUGAUCACUCAGAUGAUAUCUCUGGGCCCGGUCAUUGA